AUGGCGGAGGACGCGGCUGCUCCACGGAAGUGCCUGAGCAAAGACUGCGAGAACGAUGCCAGCUCGCUACAAUGCCCCACGUGCCAGAAACUGGGAAAGGAAUCCUUCUUCUGCUCGCAAGACUGCUUCAAACGAAACUGGGGCGAUCAUAAGACAGUUCACAAGUCACAAAGUAAUCCUCUCCGUAACUUCAUCCCACCAAAAGUUGUCUCUAAACCCGACCCAGCAACCGGCCAAUACAAUCCCUUCCCUACGUUCCCCUACACUGGAAGCCUGAGACCAGUAUACCCUUUGUCGCCACGGCGGGAAGUCCCCAAGAAGAUCCAGCACCCCGACUAUGCAAAGGAUGGAAUACCGCGCUCUGAGCAGGUGUUUGUUGGGAGGAACAAGAUCGCAAUCCUGGACAAGAAGCAGCAAGAGGGCAUGCGCAAGGUGUGCAGGCUAGCACGAGAGGUUCUCGACAUCGCGGCGAAGGAAGCGAGGCCCGGCGUAAGCACCGACUAUAUAGACGAGAUUGUUCACAAGGCGUGUUUGGAGAGAGACUCAUAUCCCUCGCCGCUAAACUACUGUCAUUUCCCCAAAUCUGUCUGCACGUCUGUAAACGAAAUCAUCUGCCAUGGUAUACCAGAUCAAAGGAUUCUGCGAGAUGGCGAUAUACUCAACAUAGACGUUACGCUAUACCAUGGCGGAUUCCACGGCGACUUGAAUGAGACAUACUACAUAGGUUCCAAAGCAGAGGCGAAUCCGGAUGCCGUGCGUGUCACAGAAUGUGCCAGGGACACUCUGGACGCAGCGAUUAAGAUCGUGAAACCUGGCAUGCUAUUCCGGGACCCAGGAAACGUGAUUGAAAAGCUUGCGAAAGAGCGGAAAUGCAGUGUAAUCAAGACUUAUUGUGGACACGGAAUCAACCAGCUAUUUCACACCGCACCCAACGUGCCGCAUUAUGCAAAGAACAAGGCUGUUGGGCAAGCAAAACCGGGCAUGUGCUUUACCAUUGAGCCCAUGAUCUCGUUGGGUACGCACAAAGACAAGACAUGGCCUGAUGACUGGACGAGUGCUACUCAGGAUGGUUCUCUGACUGCUCAAUUCGAACAUACGCUCUUGGUGACGGAUGAUGGAGUAGAGGUCUUGACUGCACGACUACCGGAUUCGCCUGGGGGAGCCAUCCAGACGCCAGCUGUUACGAAUGGAGAUGAUGCAACGCCAGCGGGCACUGAAUCAUGA